AUGGAAGAACUAAAGAAUGAGUUACACCGAGCACAUGACGAUGAUGCUACUACUUUGGAGAAAAUCAAAGAUAUUAGAAGACGAUUGUGCACUGCAUUCCGUGAGGAGGGAAAAAUUUUGGAGCAAAAAAAAUCGGCAACUUUGGCGGAAAAAAAAGAGAUCAAAAUACAAAAUUCUUCCAUGCUAGGAAUCGAAUCUUUCGUCUUAAAGACUGGAAUGGAGCGUGGGCGGAAAGCGUUCUGGCAAUCGAGCGAGUGGCAACACAAUACUUUCAGGAACUCUUCACCAGCUCUGGUCCGCAAGACCAAGAAUCUUCACUCCGAUUUAUUACCGAGAAAGUUUAUGAUACAACAAAUCAAAAUCUUACAAAGGACCCCACCGAAAAUGAAAUUAGAGAGGCUGUGGUUGACAUUAACCUGGAUAAAGUACCAAGGCCAGACAGCGUGA